AUGGCUAUCGAAACACUCUCUCCUCGUGAUGUCCCUACUACGUUGAACUAUCAUGUCACCCUCCCGGGCGGUGAAGGUCCCUACCGAUACCGCGAAGAGCCUCCGGAAGGUGUACCUAGGACCAACAUCGCCACUGAGCCGCACGACGUAGUGAUUCACGAUGUACGUGGGAAGGAGGAUACGAUCGGUCUCGACAAGACUGGCUUUCAAUACGUCCGUCACGUCAGCAAGGAGAAGCUGUUCACAGACGAGGACGCGAUCAAGACUGAGUACUACAAGGAAGUCGAAGAGCUUUUGAAGACGCACGCGGGUGCUAAACGGGUGUUUAUCUUCGAUCACACCAUUAGGCGGUCCCCGACGCAAGAUAGCUUUGAACAGCCGAAAGGACAGAGGGGGCCUGGGGUCACUCAUGUCGACCAGACGGAUGUGGCCGCCUUCAACCGUGUUCGCGACCACCUGGGCGCGGACGCCGAACGUCUCCUGAAGGGACGCUUCCGCAUCAUUAACGUGUGGAGGCCUAUCGAGAACAUCGUCGCUCACAGCCCCCUCGCGCUGGCGGAUUUCUACUCCAUUGACUACGACAAAGAUCUCGUCUCGUCGCGCCUGAUCUAUCCUAACAAGGUUGGAUAUACUUUUGGUGUGAAGUACAACCCUGCGCACAAGUGGCACUACCUCGCGGAUCAGUCCCCAGAAGAGGUUGUACUGAUCAAGUGCUUCGACUCCGACUAUAGCAGGGCGCGCUUGACUCCCCACUCCGCCUUUAAGGACUCUACCAGCCCUGCCGAUGCUCCUCACAGGCAGUCCAUCGAGAUUAGGGCCUUGGUAUUUGACACUGAGUAG